CCCCUCCCGUAUCCCUGUGCCACUUUAGCAUUUUCUACAGUGCGCACCGUUUCUUAUCCUUCACCACCCUCUCUUCUCUCCCACUCAACUCAUCUCCUCAACCCCCAGACGCAAAUAACGUUAACAAACAAACAAACGCUCAAUCAGACUCAGAAGCUCUUUCGAUCUUUCAUAACGCCUUAUUCAUACUUGAUGGGUUUCUCUCGCCAACAACCUCUGUGAUUGUCAACCGCGUUUUGGAUCUGUAAUCAGAGCAGAGGAUCGCUCCAAUGGCUGGGAGUAACGAACUUAACGCCAAUGAUUCUAAGAUUGAGCUUUGCUUUGUUCUGGUGGUGUAAUAGUUUCGGUUUUCGUUGGAUCAAUUCGAGGUUUCACCUAACGCGGCUUCACUGUUUAGGGUUUGAUAUUUUUCUGAUUAUCCUCAAUUUUUUUCACUUAAAAAUGGAAUAAAAUUUGGUGUAGAUGGUGGUUCCGUUGAAUAUGUGGGUUCUGAUCUCCAAUUUCAAGUUGGCGUACAAUCUUCUUCGUCGUCCUGACGGUACUUUCAACCGGGAUUUAGCAGAGUUUCUUGAUCGGAAAGUUCCGGCAAAUGCUAACCCUGUAGAUGGAGUGUUCUCUUUUGAUGUCAUAGUUGACCGCGAAACGAAUCUCCUCUCUCGAAUCUAUCGUCCUGCAGAGGGAGAAGUGCGCCAAGUGACCGUUGUUGACCUUGAGAAGCCCGUGAGCUCUGAGGUUGUUCCUGUUCUCAUAUUCUUCCAUGGUGGAAGUUUUGCACAUUCUUCGGCAAACAGUGCUAUAUAUGACACCCUGUGUCGUCGCUUGGUGGGUAUUUGUAAGGCUGUUGUGGUCUCCGUGAAUUAUAGGCGUGCACCUGAGAAUAGGUACCCCUGUGCAUAUGAUGAUGGGUGGACAGCUCUAAAGUGGGUUAGUUCUAGAUCUUGGCUUCAGAGUAGGAAGGAUAAGAAAGUUCAUGUCUACAUGGUUGGGGAUAGCUCGGGUGGGAACAUUGUGCACCAUGUUGCCCUUAGAGCUGUGGAUUCGGGAAUUGAAGUGUUGGGGAAUAUGCUGCUCAACCCAUUGUUUGGCGGGCAGGAAAGAACUGAGUCUGAAAAGCGUUUAGAUGGAAGAUACUUUGUUAGAGUUAAGGAUCGGGAUUGGUAUUGGAGGGCUUUUCUUCCUGAAGGGGAAGAUAGAGACCAUCCUGCAUGUAACCCUUUUGGCCCCAAAGGCCGAGACCUUGAAGGGAUUGCUUUUCCAAAGAGUCUUGUUGUAGUUGCUGGUUUAGACCUUGUUCAGGACUGGCAGUUGGCUUAUGCCAAAGGGCUUGAGAAAGCUGGGCAAGAAGUGAAGUUGCUAUUCCUGGAGCAAGCAACGAUUGGGUUUUACUUGCUGCCGAAUAAUGAGCACUUCUCCACUGUUAUGGAUGAGAUAAAAUAUUUUGUGAGCUCUGACUGUUCAUAGGCUUAACUUUUGCUAUACACAAGGGGACGUACUUAGAAGAUUGUGUAGGUAAUAGGUAUGCUACUUCUUAACUUUUUUCACAUUUUGGCUUCUUUACUGUAGGACUUUGCUCCCGUGAUUAGGUACUUCUCUGGUAUUAAAUGUGUCGUGAGAUUGGUGUAAUCAGCAUAUAGCUGUAUGAUGUUUUCCCGGGGCACAUCAUCAGGACAUUGGGUGUUGCGGAUGGAUGAAAGCUUUUUAGGACAAAGGGGAGCUAUGGCCAUGUUUAUGGGAACCACGAAAGUAGUGAUUACCCACUCUGACUUCCAGCCAAAAAGGAGAGGAAGACAUUAUUCUAUUUCUGGGCGUGACCUUGAUGCCAAUCAGUGGGGCUUGUCGUUGUCUGGCAAGUGUUAUAUAUGACUAAUUUUGGAACUCGGAUAGGGAAAGUAUCAAUGAUAUGUUGGUGCUGUUAGAUUAUAUACGUCUGUGCUAUCUUCAUAUGAGUGUUUGUUUUAAGACUGUUGACUUUUUUCUCUAUAUAGCUAAUUUUACGUUCUUAUGUCUUGGGUUGUCCUUCUUGUUUGACGAUGGACACUCUUUGCAAGUGUAAAUGGAUGUCUUUUCGGCGCAAUGU